AUGUCACCGAAAGAGAAGAAAAAUAUAGGCUGGAUCUGGCCUAAAGACCCUCGCCCAGGAAACUCAAGCAGCUGGCCACGUCACUGGCGUUUCCUGGAUGUCAUGACGAACAAGGGACCCGACGUUUAUGUUGGUGUGAUCAACAAAAAACCCAGGUUUUCAUCAUCGAGAUCCAAUUCCAAGUCCACGUCCCCAGAGCGACUGACAACAUCCAAUCAAAGCAACAAGCCUAUCAAAAGCACGAACUGGGAUCGCUGGAAGGAGCCUACACCAUCCAACUCCCCGAACUCCGACGACACAGUAUGGGAUGGCUCCUCGGAUUCCUCUCGAGCUGCCAAUUCUAGAUCUACUUCGACUUCUUCCAAAUCAAAGCCAAAGGCCCAAUUACCCUGGGCUCGUCGAGAAGAUGAAGAGCGCUACGAUUAUCGCCAGCGGAUGUACAAGGUUCCAGACAUGGGGACGUGGAGUGCACAUCAUGUGCCGAGGCGUUAUCGGGAUGUGAAUGGAGUUGAAUACCCCGCGAAUUACUGGCAUGAUAUUGUUCAUGGGAAGCAUGAUGAUGAUGACGAUUGUCGAACCAAUAGUCUUGCUGCUCAGAAUCGGUAUAAUUGGAAUCGGGACGAUGAGUGUGCUACUAGGAGUCAUGGGAAUGAUCGUCGUCAUGCCAGCUGGGACCAGGACACUCGGAACUGGAAUUGA